AUGAAUCGCAUAAUCAUAUUAGCGCGUAGUGACAUUAUUGUCAAUAUAAGCUACAACUUGAGCCAUAGCCAUCCAUUGCGCGUUCACAAAGCACAAGCUGAAGAAGAGAUCAUUUGUUCUGGUUGCGAACUAGACCUAAUAGGUGCAGCAUUCAAAUGCACAAAGUCGGAAUGCGAUUACUUCUUGCACAAGUCAUGUUUCGAGCUUCCACGCGAGACUCGUCACAAGGCUCACCCUGAUCACCCUUUGACCCUCUUGUUUUCCCCAACGUACGAGUCGUCAACUUACGGUUGCGAGGCGUGCGAUGAGUAUGGAUCUGGGUUCGUUUACCACUGCUCUAUCUGUCAGUACGAUUUGCAUGUCGGAUGUGUGUCUAUGCCUGAGUCCGUGGAGCGUGAAGGACACGCACAUCCGCUCACAUUGCUCUUCUGCUCUCCUUACAAGAACGGUUCGAUCUUUAACUGCGAUGUUUGUCAACAGACUGUUCCGGAUAAUAUAUGGUCUUAUUACUGCAAGGAAUGUGAUUAUGGAAGGGGCUCGGCGACUUCAGAGUUAGCUGCAAUGUUGGAAGCUCAAAGGGAAAUGGAGAAGAUGCAAAUUGAGUUAGAUAUGGAAAUGCAAAGAGCUAAGAUUGAGAAGAAAUCUAGAAAGGCUAUUCUCAAUUCGAUCUAA